AUGUGUAAGGAAAGGUCAUUAGGUGCAUUAUGGGCAAGUGCCUUCACAGUCGAAACGCUGGCCAUUAUCAUUGCAAACGUGUUCUCAAUAACUAUAUUCUGGAAGAGGAGAAUCCAACUAAGACUAUUGUUGAAUCUGUCAGUGGCUGAUUUAAUGUUUGGAGUCGCCAAUUUAUUUGAGCUUGUGGUCAUGAAAAUGAGGAAGCCACUUUUUUUAACGGGCACCUCUUUGUGGGAGGAACAUGUGACAUUUGAAGACAUUUUUGGGUCGGCGUCUAUAUUCUUUCUUGUUCUGGUUUCAUUAGAGAGACUGUUCGCUAUGGCUUGGCCGUUCCGUCUCCGUACUGUAUCGACAAGAAGUUAUUUUAAAGUCAUCGGGGCUUGUUGGCUCUUUGCAGGGCUAGUAGCUCUCCUCGAACAAAUGGUAGUCUUUAAACUCAUAUCUCAUCUGUCAUAUGUUUGGCUUGUUUCAGUAAGCUGUUUCGUUUGUCUCACGUUGAUUACUUGCUCAUAUUCUCUAAUUUGGGUACUUAACAAAAAGGAAGAUCCAAGAUUACCAGCAAACUGUCGUAAACACAACAAGGAACUUGCCAAGACAUUGUUCCUUGUAACACUGCUAUCUCUAAUGGCUUCGCUACCUUUCAUAAUCAUAAAUUUUGGGCGUUUCAUCGUUGAAGAAAACGGUGGUGACAUGCUCACAUUCCUAUGUCACCCCUCCAAGUUCCUUUUAUUAGCAAAUUCAUUGAUUAAUCCUAUAAUUUAUUCUUUUAGAAUGCCUGAGUUUAGAAGAGCUAUAAAUGGAACAAUUUGUCUGGGUGAAAGAUCAAGGUUUCGGAUUUUAAAAGAAUCCGCAACGAACAGCAUCGUGCUGAUCAGUGUUCGCAGUGUCAGUAUUUAA